AUGUUUUAACAGCAUAAUAAUACUAUUUCAACAUCUCGUUCUAAUUCAUCUAUUAAUUAAACUCCAAGAAGAUUAAUACGUGUUGCCACUCCUUCUGGUAUUGACAAAACAAGUGCUAUUAAAAAGAAUGAAGAAUUUCAUAAUUAAUAAAUAGACUUAUAUAAACAAAGAGAAUCUCAUUACAAGAAAAUUAUUUUUGCAAAAGAUUAAGAAAUAUCAAUGAUGAAAUCACAUAUUUAAUAAUUAGAAGAAAGUAAUAUUUAAUUUAAUUAUAGAUAUCAAUCAGAAUAAUCUUUCCAAUCAAAUAUAAAAAUAAAUUUAAGAUUUAACUUAAUAAGUGCAAAUAUUGUUAGAAUCAUACAAGUAUUAUUCUAAAUUACAGAUUUAGUUAAAGAAUUCUAGAAAUUGAAAAUCUUAAAAAAUCAUAAGGUCAUGAUCAUACUGAAUUAGAAAGGCAAGUCUUAUAAUUAUUAAGAGAGAAUUCUUAAUUAAUGAAUAGUCUAACUGUUUCUCAUACUUAUUAAGAUAUUUAAUCAAAAAAGAAUAGUUUAUAAAAUAUAUCCAAAAUCCAUCCAACAGAAACUUCUUGGAAAUAAAAAUUUAUUAAAUUGAAUAAAGAAUAUUAUGAAUUAUAAGAAAAAUAUGCCUAUUUAACAGCUGAAUUAGACAAUAACAGAUUUAACUUUCGUUCUCCUAGUCUAGAAAGCUUUGAAGCUAUUAUUAGAUAAUGA